AUGACCUUGUUAGUGGGCGGUUUUGAGUCCCACGUUUUAUUCGACUCUGGAGCAUCGAAUUGCUUCAUUACACCGGAGCGUGCCGAGAAGAGUGGCAUCCGGAGUAGCGCGGGCGAGAGCGCGGGCAUGGUCAAGGUGGCGGGAGGUGGAUUCUUGUCUACUUUGGGCCGUGCUAGAGGAGUCGAGAUCGAGAUUGCGGGGCAGUCAAUGCCAGCAGACUUAGUCAUCAGUCCGGUGGAGCUGUAUGACGUUAUUCUCGGGAUGGACUGGUUGUCACACUACAGAGUUCAUCUGGAUUGCUACAGAGGUAGAGUGGUCUUCGAGCGAGAUGCAGGGAGGUUGGUUUAUCAGGGAGUGAGACCGACUUCCGGGAGUAUUGUGAUAUCUGCUAUUCAGGCCGAGCAGUUGUUAGAGCGGGGCUGUGAGGCGUAUCUGGCGACGAUUUCUAUGUCUGAGUCAGGAGCUGGAGUUGUUAUGGGAGAUAUUGAGGUUGUCCAGGAUUUUGAGGAUGUCUUUCAGUCACUGAAGGGAUUACCACCAUCUCGGUCUGAUCCUUUCACGAUUGAGUUAGAGCCGGGGACAGCACCGAUAUCGAAGACGCCUUACAGGAUGGCGCCAGCUGAGUUGGCAGAGCUGAAGAAGCAGAUAGAGGACCUUUUGUCUAAGGGGUUCAUUCGACCGAGUGUUUCACCGUGGGGAGCACCGGUGUUGUUUGUGAAGAAGAAGGAUGGAGUUUCAGACUUUGUAUCGAUUACAGAGAUUGACUUGGCAUCGGGGUAUCAUCAGAUCCCGAUAGAUGAGGCAGAUGUCAGGAAGACUGCUUUCAGGACGCGUUAUGGGCAUUUUGAGUUUGUGGUUAUGCCUUUCGGUUUGACUAACGCGCCGGCAGCCUUCAUGAGAUUGAUGAACGACGUGUUCAGGGAGUAUUUGGACGUGUUUGUCAUCAUUUUCAUUGACGAUAUUCUGGUAUACUCGAGGAGUCAGGAGGAGCAUGCGACUCACUUGAGGUUGGUUCUGGAGAAGCUUCGGGAGCAGAAGCUUUUUGCUAAGUUGAGCAAGUGCAGUUUCUGGCAGCGAGAGAUGGGAUUUCUUGGCCACAUUGUUUCUGCAGAGGGAGUUUCUGUGGAUCCGGCUAAGAUUGAGGCUAUCAGAGAUUGGCCUAGACCUAGUAGUGCCACCGAGAUCAGGAGUUUUCUGGGUUUGGCAGGAUACUACAGGAGGUUCGUCAAGGGGUUUGCUACCAUGGCGCAGCCGAUGACGAAGUUGACCGGGAAGGAUGUCCCUUUUGUUUGGUCAGCUGAGUGUGAGGAGAGCUUUAGUCAGCUCAAGGAGAUGUUGACUACUACACCAGUGUUGGCGUUACCCGAGCCAGGGAAGCCUUACAUGGUGUAUACAGAUGCUUCAGGCAUUGGUCUUGGUUGUGUGCUGAUGCAGGAGGGCAGAGUGAUAGCAUAUGCUUCGAGACAGUGGCAGGGCAGUGAGCGUAACCGUCCUACACAUGACUUAGAGUUGGGAGCAGUGAUCUUCGCGUUGAAGAUUUGGAGGUCUUACUUGCUAGGUGAGACAGUACAGGUCUUCACGGAUCACAAGAGUUUGCAGCAUAUCUUCACUCAGCCGAUGAUGAACGCGAGACAGACGCGCUGGGUUGAGUUCUUGGCGGAUUAUCAGGUGAGCAUUAACUACCAUCCGGGCAAGGCUAACCUAGUGGCGGACGCGUUGAGUAGACGGAGGUAUGAUUCCGCAGUUGAGCGAGAUGUGGAGUCUCUAGUGGGCGAGGAAGUUUGUGCGAGAGAUUGUGAGGCUGCAUGGAGUGCCAGCUAG